CAGCUGUUGGCCUGCCAUCCCUAGAACUUAACAUGCUUGUCAAACGACAAAUUGAAAGCGCGCGCUGUUUACUUCCACUCGUAUAUGCCAAAGUCCAUGGUCGGUGUUCUAUUUAGUGGUCCACUAUUAAACUGAUCGGUCCGGUUCAUCACUCAAAGCAUUAACCUACAUGCUGGGGGAUUGGUUACGCCUCGAACUCUGGAAACACUGAGCUGCAUCCGCCGUACACCACGUCGUCCCCCCUGUCCUCCGUUCCGCUGGAAUCCGAUCUGUCAACGUGAUUGGCCGUAGUCGUUAUAUUGCGCAAUUAUUUAAUGUUGGCUACGAGUUUCCUGGGUCGCAGAAACUGUCUAAACCUGUCGACGCUCACUUUAUGGAGGACGCUUACCCGGACCACUAGACCCCGCUCCCCGACAGCGGCACUGAGAAUCCCAGCCAACCAUCCGUAUCCAGCUCCCCAACUCCAAGAGCCCAUCGUACGCAACUACUCAAAAACUAAUAACAUGGAGUCGCCACCGGGUGUCUUUCGUGGAAUAGUCGACCGCUUUGCCGGCGUCACAGUGGACGGACGUGAGGAGCAUGUGGAAAGCUCUGGCUUUCGGGAGAAACUAAACAAAUCACUUGACUUUUGGAGGACAAACAAGAACCGAGCGAUAUGGUUCCGCGUGUACAAGGAGCAGGCAGAUUGGGUGCCGAUACUGGCCGAGAACGGUUUCGAUUUCCAUCACGCCCGAACCGGAGUGGUGGUCAUGUUCCAGUGGCUGCCCAAGGACGAGAGCAGCAACCUGCCCAACUACGCACACACGCUGAUGGGCGUGGGGGGAUUGGUGAUCAACGAUAAGGACGAGGUCCUGGUGGUGACCGACAGAUUCGCCAUGAUCCCGAAUAGCUGGAAACUGCCCGGAGGUUAUGUUGAGCCGCGUGAGAACUUUGUAGACGCGGCUAUCCGAGAGGUGGCCGAGGAAACGGGCAUUCAAUCAGAGUUCAAAUCGUUGGUCUCCCUGCGGCACUCGCACUACGGCAACUUCGGCUGCUCCGAUGUGUACAUCGUGGUGGCCCUGAAGCCCCUCAAUCUGGACUUUAAGCGGUGCGAGCGUGAGAUCGCCCGGGUCCAAUGGAUGCCCAUUGAGGAGUACCUGAAUCAUCCGCAGGUGCACGAGACGAAUCGUCAGUUUCUCUGCACAUAUCUGGACUACAAGAAGCGCGACCUGACCAUAACCGUUCGCGAUGAAGUGCAUCAGGUGCUGAAGAAGAAGUACAACCUGUACUUCGUGGAGCGGGAGCAGUCGAAGAGCUCUUGAGUGGUGUUUCCGACGGGAUCCGUCGCCAAAUUCUUAGUGCAAUUUCUAUAAUAGUCUGUUAAUUUUUUUUUUUAACCCAACAUCCUGCAGGAUCAUCUGCAACUGCACAAUUCUGUCAAAUAAAAUGUACUUUUGUAUGUCGGUCGAGAAGCAUC